GAUGCGUAAACAAUAUGGCGGCUCCAACAAUAACUCGUGUUAAUUUUGGAUCAAGCACAUGUCACCAAAUCGCGCCAAAUGGAGGUAUCAACUGUCGUGGCAAAUGCUAUAAACAGCAUAUCUACAGCCAGGAACAGCCUUGUAGAAGAUGCGAUAGUUGAAACCACAAGAAGGCUGUUUAGAAGAAGACGUUAUCGACAAGACGGGGAAAUCGUGGACGAAGAAACAGUACCACAUGGAAACUCCUGUUUUUUUUCUAAUGUCUAAGGCCAAUGAUGAUUUCAUACCGACAACUUCGGAGAAAAACAGGCUUCAGCGUUGUGGAUUUGGAUACCCCAGGAUACAGCUUAGUCCCCAUGAUAGGUAUCCUGUCGAGUCAGUUAUAGAAUUCCAAACAUUGGAGGAUUUUGAGGAUACUCUUGUAGAUUAUUAUCCUAAUGUCAACCUAAGAUUGUCUGGGUUCUACUUCGCUAAGGCAGACAAAGGGCGCCACUUGAAAGUGUUGAACCCCAACACACCAGUUGAUCUCAGGAAGCAGAUAGGCCAGGGGAAGUUGUUCCUGAUCCCCAAGAGGGAUUUAAGAGUUCCAUCAAAUGCAGACAGUGUUAUCCAAAGAGAAGAACAACCAGCUGCAAGACCAGUAGCAACUCCAGAGCCACCCAUUGGGUUACUGCAUCCACCAUCACGGGAACUGGAAGAGGAUCAUUCCAUUCACUUGCCAGACUAGAUGCUGUCUUUUCGGACACACAGCAGGUCACUGUGAGAAGAGACCACGUGUUUGGAGACCUCAUGGACCUGGAUCCUGGGGUGUUACAGCACAGACUCGGGGACACCUUUGCUGGGGAGUCUGGAGAGGAUGCAGGUGGCCUUACAAAGGACCUGUUUUCUACAUUCUGGGAGCAAGCCUGUUCUAGAUUGUUCACAAGUGAGGAUGUGUUGGUACCACACCUCCCUCCACACAGGUUUUCUCAGGCCAGUUCCAUUUAUCCAGUCUUGGGGAGAAUUCUUUGUCAUGGUCUUGCCUUGACAAAAGGUUUCCCCUUGCAGAUAUGUCGAACUGUCCUGAUAAGCACUGCUCUGGGUCAGAUUGCGGAGGAUAAGAAAAUCAUUUUAGAGGAUUUCUUAUUGUUUGUGUCUGAGCACGAGCGCGCUUUGACCCGGUAAGGUCUAGACUCUUUCACGUCAUUGACAUCUGAUGAGCUUUCUCAGUUGACGAACAUGUUUGCCAGGUUCUCUAUGUCGGUCAUGCCUACACAGGACAAUUUCAGACGGCACAUAGAGAAUUUGGCUGCAUGUGAGCUGACUGGGAAGCCUUUGUUCCUGUGUCAGCUGAUGGGCUCAGGCAUCCCUGAAAUCUACAAGGAUGUCUUUUUCCAUCAGGUGACACAAGGUGACCUGGUGUCUUUGUGUGAAAGACUGACGCCUACCCCUUCUCGUGUCAUUGGCCUGUUGAAGACAGAGAAUGACCUGUUGCGACCUGAGGAAGAGCGGGUAUUGUACUUCUUGAAAGACUUUGUUUAUUCAUUGUCUUCAGAAGACCUUUCCCGCUUUUUGCAGUUCGUAACAGGGUCAUGUGUAAUGCCAACUUCCGGUGGUAUCACUGUCUGCUUUCAUCAUGCACAGGGCCUGUUGAGAUACCCUAUUGGUAGAACUUGUGGCAAUGUCAUAAGUGUACCAAUAGAGUAUGAUACUCUGCAGGAAUUCAAGAGAGAGUUCCUUAGAAUUAUUAGGAAUGACGAAUCAUUCAGAAUGUUUGUUACUUAAAGAAUGAU